AUGUCCUUAUCCGAUACGACUUCCGGCGAGUUACUCGGCGUUCCGACAAUGUACCAAACCAUAAAUCAAUAUGAAAGUGGGAAAGGGAGCUCAAUCGGUGAUAUUCCAUCUACCGGUGAAGCUGUAUAUUAUACUUCUCCCGAACCUCUUAUAUCCUCCAGUACUCAGUUUCCAAAUAUGGGAAACGAUAAUCAACCCCACAAUUCACCAAUGCUUUCUGCUCACCUUAGUGCUAAUGAAGCUAGUAAAGAAAAAUUGUCUUCUCUGCCAAUAAAUCUGCAAAAUUCGCCCUCGGUAAAACCGGAAAACCAUCGACAGGUUCAAAAACAGCCGACUUCCGCCCCUCCACUCAGUAAUAUUUCUAGCACUCCGGUGGAUUUUACAUCAACUGCUGCAGGAAGCAAUACAACCCCUUCAAGUGUAAUAAACUCAUCUAGCGCAAACACCAGUGGAAUUUCAAACCCCUCUUUAGUGCUCUCCUCAGACAGUCUUUUGGCUCUAACUCGUUCAAACAGCUGUCUCAAUCAUAAUUCACAAUCAGGUGGAUCCAGCUCGGCGAAUUCCAUUAAUUCACCGACUAUUCCAACAACGACGACAGGCCAUUUUGUGGACACCCAUCAGCAUACAUCUCCUCAGCCAAUUACCUCAACUGCGAUGCAACAAUUUCAUCACCAGCAACAGAAUAAUUCUAGCAGUGCCGCCUCAGCUACCUCAAUAAUUUGCUCCACUCCAACUCGCAGAAGACACAGAACAACUUUCAGCCAAGAACAGCUAGAUGAAUUGGAAUCAGCUUUCCGCAGAUCUCACUAUCCGGAUAUAUACUGCCGAGAAGAUCUCGCGAAAACAACAAAGCUUCAGGAGGCUCGGAUUCAGGUAUGGUUCCAAAAUCGUAGAGCAAAGCAUCGGAAGCAGGAAAAGCAACAGAGAGCUCAGCAACAGCAGCAAGCUCACGCUUUGGUUCUUCAGCAUCAACAGCACAAUAAUCACCUUUCUCAACAUAAUCACCAUCAUCAACAACAUCAUCAAGGCCAACAGCAUGCUAUGCAGCACCCCUUCACCACAUCCAGUUACCACCAACUCGGUGCUGUUCUAGAGAGCCAGGUCGGUAUGUACCGCUCUGCAACCGGUGGGUACGGCGCUCCGAAUCCAUCAGUCAUAUAUCCCUUCAACUACUCUCAAACUGCCGGUUUUGUUGAGUCCCUUCCCGCAGCUUCUCUCUUUGGGAAUAUUGACAGGAAGAUGGAGAAUAAUCUCGAAGAAACUAGCGGAAAAAGAGAACCUCCGGGAGAUAACCAGACAUUGUCUCCCAAAGGUACAAUGGUAAUCAAGAAGGAGAGUGUUCUUUUAGAAAACGGUCAAGUAAGACAGUUGGAUCAGAAUGAAGAUCAGGAAGAAGGUUGUGGAAGCGAGGAAGAUGAUGGUGAUAACGACGACGACUGUGAACCGACGUCUCCCAAGGUUGCUCGACUUGACAGCUGGUCCCCAGGGCAGGAUAAGAAUGAUAGUGGUUUGGGGGAAGUUAAACCUGUAACGACGCCUCUGUCUCUUCAGCAAACACAUCAACAACAGAAUGAAGUCCAGUCGGACUACAUGGUUCCAACAUCGCAGUGCUUUGCCCCUAAUACACUCAAUGAAAUACCAGCAGCUCAAAUGAUUUCCUACCAAAUUUAUGGCCAGUUUCCCUCGCAAUAUCAUCAGCAUUUGGGCCAACAACAAUCUCAACAAUCUCAUACACCCAGCCAUCACCAAAGCUACACGUCUUUAGUUAAUGAUAAUAAUGGCGAUGUUGGAAGUAAUGGAGGAAAUGGUCCUUCCAUACAAUUUCCUCCACCUCCUCCAAGCCAUGAGAACCCCCUGCCUUCGGUCAAAGGUCAAACAAUAUCAGCCAUGGCAAGCCAAUGGCAAAAUGUGACAUCAGCUGAUCCGACAGAAUGGUUACUCCAUGCCAACGGGACAGCAAUGCCAAUUCAAACGGCAGCGGCGGCAGUCGCGUAUGGAGCCCCUAUGGGAGGGACUUUUCUACAUCCCCACAUUUAG